UGCAAGAAAUCAUAGAAAAUAGAAGAUAACGAAUAUUUUCUUUAAUUUUCAAUUUACAAUGCCAUUUUGAACAUAAGGCAUUGAAAAUUGUAAUUUGUAAAGUGGUGACAAUAUGGAAGAAAUUAUCUAUUCGGAAAAUUCUGAUAAAGAAAUCUCAGAAAAUAAUAUUAGUUUUCAUUUGAAUGCUUCAGGAGCAGUAAAUCAUGUGAAAGAUGCUACAUAUUUUGCUAAAUUAGAUACACCAAAGUUAUAUGAAUGUUCCGUAUGUGGAAAAGAAGUUAAAAAUUUUUUUAGUUUGGGUCGUCAUAUUGUAAGAUUUCAUGCAAAAGAUACUUUAUUGUACAAAUGUAAAAUAUGCAAGAAAAAAUUUAGGACAGGGUUUUCUUAUAAUGGUCAUCAAUGUACAAAAAUAUGCUUGAGUGACUAUCAGGAACAAUCUAAAAAUGAUAGUAUAGAAUAUAUUGAGAUUAAGUCAUCUAAUAAGGUUGAAGGGGAAACUUAUACAUCUAACAGUGUCAUUGGUUUACCACUAAAAAAUGAAAGAUUGCUGGCCCAUAUCAAUUCAGUCAAUUGCAAAGCUAAAACUAAAAACCUGUUUAAUGAUCUCGAACCUAGUGGUGCAAAAUCAAUCAGAAAUCCAAUAUAUGACAAAGAAUGCAACAAUACAAGUAGCGAAUGUGAAACAUUGAAUAUUGAGAAAAUUGAUACAAGAAAGGAAAUAUCCUCAAAUCAUACUAAAACGUCGACAGCUCUUAAUUCAACGGGAUCAAAAUCAAAUAGAGUCAUUAGUACACAUAGUUCACAUGAUUUAAAAGAUAAAAUUGAUCUUGUGAAACAAGAGUAUUUGGAAACUUUAAGGGUUCUUGAAUUAGCUAAAAAAAACAGUGAAAAGUUGAAAAAAGUCUUGUGUGAGUUAGGAGAAAACGUAGAAAAACUUUCGCCCAGAAACGAAAAUUGUUUAAACUCAAGUAAUGUAGUGGAAGAAAACUGUUUAAAUGUUGAGCACCAACAGAAUAAAGAGCAGAUUGAUGAUGAAAUUUGCACGGAAAAAACGCAAGAAUCGUUUUCUAUGUUACAUGAAAUAAGCAAAAUAAGUUAUUGUGAUUCCCAAGAAUAUGAAUUUAGAUUGGAAAAAUGUGAUUAUUUUAGUAGUGAGGAUUUUGGAGACGAUUAUAGUAUCAAUAAAGUUGAAAAUGUAACUUGUUUUGAAACACUUCAUCAUGAUUUAGAACACCAAAAUAAAGGCAUUACUGAUUAUGACAACUUCAAUAACAAUAGGACAAUAGAACCGGAAAAAAAAUUGAAAUUGGAAGUAGAAAUUUUAGUGGACACAACUUCAAAUGAAGAACAAUUCUUACAUGCCGAUUUCACUGAAAAUAAAAUUUCUGACAAUUAUGAAUCAGUAUUCGAAGAAUGCUCUGCUCUGUAUGAGGCCGAAUAUAUAGAUGAGUGUACAGAAGAAUUGAGUGCCAGAGAAAUAGAAGAUGUUGAUACCAAAAAUGAAGAUGAACAAAAUCCAAUAGAUUGUUCUGAGAUUAAAGAAGACGCUGAUGUUAUAUCUUCAAAAGGAAAAUAUAAUGAUAAAUUCAUGAGUUUUUUAUAUAAAUCUUUAAUGAAGAAAGAACUACAGCGGGAUAAAAAUCCAAGAAAAUUGAGAAAACAGAAAAAUGUUAAUAAGUUUCCAGAAAUACAAAACAGAAGCAAACAAUUGUUCGAUUUGGACACUGACGAAAAAAUGAAUAACACGGAAGUUGAGGAUCUAUCUAAUUUGAAAUCAACAAGCAAUGAAAUUUCUGAAAAUCGUUUUGGAACCGCAAAUAAAAAAACGAGAUAUUUAUGCUUAUAUUGUGAUAAGGCAUUUGCAAAUAAAUCUACAUUAGACAUUCAUUUACGAUCUCAUACUGGAGAAAGACCAUAUAAAUGUUCCUAUUGUGAACGAAGAUGCUAUGAUCGUGCAUCAUUGGAUAUACAUGAAAGACGUCAUACUAAUGAUCGCAGAUAUAAAUGUGAGUUUUGUGUAGAAAAAUUUUUUACUUUAUUUGAAAAAAAAAGGCAUCAAUUUACUUGGCAUCAAAAUAAUUCUAAAAGAAAUAUGAAAAAUGUUGGUGCUUUACGGCACAACAUGUCCUAUGAUCAGAAACGGGAAUUCGGUCCAAGAGCUUUGUUAGGAGAUGAUGGCUUAUAUCAUUGUAAAAUGUGUGACAAAAUUUGCUUAACAGCGAAAACCAUGCGUAAGCAUACAGCAUUACAUUUAAAUGGCAAAGCAUGUCCCUUAUGCUUCAAAGUUUUUGCUUAUGAAUCUACCUUACAAAGACAUUUACUUGUACCUCACGAAGAGAAAAAUUAUAUGUGUGCUUUUUGUGGAAAUCGAUAUGCUUCUACUGCUUCAUUAAAAGCUCAUUUAAAAGUUCAUAGUGAAGAUGCAAUAAAGUGCUCAUUGUGUCCAAAAAUUUUUGGUACAUUUUACAAUUUCGAUCGUCAUAUGUUACACAAGCAUAAAUUAAAAAAUUGGCGUAAGAGUUGUGUUAAUACUCAGAUCUUUACUAUAGAACAAGAAUAAAUUAAAAUUUGAAAAAAAAAUCACGUUAAAUAGAAAA